AUGGAAUUGGGCAUUCCAUUUGCAAAGACUGUUACAUAUCGAAUGUUUGUGAGUUAUCUUAAUCAAGCGAAGUUAGAGGCUUCAGAUCUGAAGGUUCGUCACAUGUUCUUCGUCAAGGAGCAAAGAGCUUAUCUUGCCCAUAUAGCAAAGGAGUGGCAGUUUAUUAUUAAGCACGUUCAAAAAUGUAAUUCGGACAUUGUGCUUACUGCUAAUGGGCACAAAUUUGUGUUAACCGAUGCUAGUCCUGCUGAACCAGCUAAUAAUGCAUCUGAGCCUGUUAGACAACGAUUUGACCGCUGGAAAAGGUCAGAUGAAAUGGCAAAAUGUUAUGUUUUGGCCUCUGUGUCCAAUGUACUCCAACAUCAACUUCAAGAUUUAGAUCAUGCCUCUGGCAUGAUGACAAUUCUAAAGGAAAUGUUUGGAGAGCAAAAUCGUACUGCUAAGUCAGUGACAAUGAGAUCUUUGUUGAACAGAAAGAUUACUGAAAUUACUCCAGUAAGGGAGCAUUGUCUUUCUAUGAUAGCUAUUCUCAAUUCAUUGGAAGUUCAAGGUGUUGAGAUUGAUAGUGAAUUGCAAGUGGACAUAAUACUUCAUUCCCUGCCUGACUCCUAUAAUCAGUUCAGAUUGAAUGUGACAAUGAAGAAAUAA